CUCUUGCGUUAGCUCUGCGAGUGCGACUGCGAGGCUAGCCCGUGAUGACACCGCGCUGUCCACGUCCAAUUUGUAUAGCAUGCAACUUGGGGAGAUUGUGUUGCAACACUUGCUCGAUCACUCGCAGUUAGAUGUUACCAAAAUUGAAGCAAGAAAAAACAACUAGGCCUAUGGUUUCAUCCACGUCCACCCUGAACUCAACAAUAUAGAACAAAAAGCAACAAUGAUGAGUGAUCCAAAAGGUAGUAGAACUAAAGGUAGCAGAGUAUCCGAUUCUUCAGGUAAAGCCUGGGUUCCAAGAGCACCAAAGGAUGAGAAGCCAAGGUUUGAAGUUUGGCUGGAGCCAAUGGAAGACCUUUGGGAGGAGCAGAAGAAGCCUCAAGUAUGCAGGAUGUUCCAUGAAGCACUAUCAUCAAUGGAACAGAGGGUACACCAUUCGUUUGUCUUAGACCUGAUAGAUCACAGUCGGGAUUUACGCAAGAGAAAGCCGGAUACACUUGCACUUUUCAUCUUGAAGGAGUUUGAUGCCAUGCUCAAUAUCAAGAAAAUGGCUAAAGAGGAAUUGACAAGAAUCCUGACACCGGAGCUGAGGAUGCAUGCCUUUCACCUGGCAGCCAGUUCUCAUUCUAAUGUCUUUGAUAUCCUGUCUAGACUCUACAAUCUGCAAGGACCUGAUAACUCUUUCUUGGUUUCUAGAGUAAGGGUCAUGCUUGCAAGGCAACAGUUCAAAGAAGCUGCAACGUGUGUGACAAAAGUGAAUCUUCAUGACUGCUUUUCUUUGGAAGAUAUCUGCCUGCCUCUUAUUUUCCAAGACAAAGCCAACAUGGUAGAGAAGUACAUUCAAGGUCAUCCUGAAUUGCAAGAGGCUCUUAUACGAAAACUGGAUGUUUUCUGUGAGCAAGGGUACGACAUUAAUGCAUAUCUCAGUGAGAUGGAUGUUCCUGUGCCAGGGGUUAGGGUUGAGAAACUGAGAAGACGUCACUUGUCCAAACUGAUCCUUCGACUGGUCAAGAUGUUCAAACUAGACAUGUCCAUCUGUCCCAACACUUCAAAGUCCAAAGAUAUCGGUGCAAUCAAGUACCUCAUCCAUAAGAGGUAUAUCGAGGAGUCAAUGCCACAAGACACUUGGGAAGAUCUGAUAGUCUCAACCAUAGGAGACAACAAGUCCGUCCAAUCUGAUUUCAUUGACCAGCUUGUAUGGUACAAUGAUAUCCCUGCAGCCGCCCGAUGGGCAGUGCAUUAUGGGAUUGAUAUCAAUGAACUGCCUGAUGCAGUUGUCCAAGAACUGCAGAACUCUGAAACCAGCAAUGCAGCUAUCGGAAUACAAGAUGGAGCAGAAGAGAACUGGGAUGAUGAGGUAGAUGAUACUCCUACUGUUGAUUACUACCCCCUUAAUCUUCCUGAUGAUAGGAUACUGAUCGUCUCUACGUCUACUGAUUUACAACAUUGCCUUGCUGACCUUACUAGUAAGCCUAAUAGAAUAGUAGGAAUAGACAUGGAAUGGAGACCAUCAUUCACCCCAACACAGAAAUCAAAGGUAGCCUUAUGUCAGAUAGCAACCGAAGAUACAGCGUACCUACUGGACAUGCCAGCCCUGUGGGUAGAAGAAAGCAAAGAUAUCGUCAAGCAUUUCUUUCAACAGUUAUUACAGUCUGAAGACAUCCUUAAACUUGGUUUUGAGAUAUCUGGUGAUUACAGGAUGUUGGGUCAGUCCUACCCAGAACUCCAGGAAACACUGAAGGGAGAGAAAAGAACAGUAGAUCUCAAUGGAUUAGGCAAACAGAUCCUGAAGGAAAUUCCAAACCAUGGGAUCAGACUCAGCUCUCUUGGAUUGACUGACUUGGUUCACUUCUGUUUCAACAAGUACCUUGAUAAGAAAGAUAGAAUAUCUGACUGGGCACGUCGUCCUCUACGGCCGGCUCAAAUCACAUAUGCUGCCUUAGAUGCUUUCUGUUUGCUAGAGGUUUAUGCCCAUCUUAAAGAGAUUGUAUCAUACCACGGUCUACAGAUGAACAUGGAACCAUGGUACUCCAGUAAAACAAACAAGAAAUCAAAAUCAAAGUCUAAACCAAAACCAAACAAAACACCCAAAGAGAAGCCUUCAUUUGAAGAAGCACUCAAUCAGCCCCCUAGAGGUCCACCUAUAUCACCGGGUCAACUCGCCGUUAUAUGCGACAACAUGCUGCAAGGAUUAGGGCGCCAUCUAAGGUCAUGUGGAGUAGAUGUUAAGAUCCUUGAUAACGAUGAUGAACAUGAGGAGGCCGUGCAGAUUGCGCUCAAAGAAGGACGUGCGAUUCUGACAGCUGGAUCACCAUAUAUCAUGUUAAAGUCUCGAGUGGACGAUGGUCAAAUCAUGUGUGUUGAAACUAACAGGAAAGCCAAGCAUCAGGUUCAAGAUGUUCUAGACUUCUUCAACGUGACGGUCACUCCCUCAGAUAUCUUCAGUCGAUGUCAGGUAUGCAAUGGCAAUGUGUAUGCCAAAGUAACCAACCCUGAUAUGAGAAGGCUGUGGCUCCACAAGCAAACCCUCCUGGGCAAGUCGCGCUACAACGACGACGAUGAUGACGUCUGUGGAAACUAUGAUGAUGAAAUGAUAAGUGGGUAUGACGAUUACGAAGAUGAGGAAGAUGAACUGCGUUUGAUGCGCCCUGUAAAGCAAUCUUCAAACUCUGGACAGGCAGCGACAAAGGAUCCGGUGCAGGAUGGUGCAAGCCAGCUCUGCGUGGUAGGAAAUCCAUACGGAUACCUGACAUCACAUGCCAGCAACAAAGACAGAUCCACAACCUCGGUAGAUUCUCCCUCAGACUUUGAUCCUGCAUCUGUAUGCUCUGCUUCGGAGGCAUCCCUUGGAGCUUCAGGAUACAUGAACAACUCACCGGUGGUCUACCUGGAAGAUGCUUUGGACUUCAGCAAUGUCAAGAUAGGAAAGUCUGUUGACCUCCAAGUGGACUUGGUUCCGGAAGGGAUCUUGAAUCAGAUAGAUCAUUUCUUUUGUUGUGCAAUGUGUGGUAAGGUUUACUGGGAAGGCAAGCACUUUGUGAAGGUCUGUAACCAGUUUUCUCAUGUCUUGGAUCGGGGAGAGGAUAGGCAAGGCAGGUUACAUGAUGGAAAUACACAAGUUUAAAUGUGUUUGUCAUGAUUUUAAAUAUUACACUUCAACAGAUUUGUCCUGAGUUUCAGACAUGGGGUUAUGCUUUGAUCAUUUGCACAAUAAAUUUGUCUCAA